AUGGCUCGCCUUCGUGUCCUAAUCUCCGGCGGCGUCGGCGUCGCUGGCCCAGCCCUGGCCUACUGGCUGUCCAAAUUGGGUCAUGAAAUCACCCUCGUCGAACGCUUCCCGACACUGCGCGCGUCGGGCCAACAGAUCGAUCUCCGCGGCCACGGAAUCCAAUCCAUGAAACAGAUGGGCCUUGAAGACGCGUGGAGAGCCAAAUCUGUGGCUGAGUCGGGCAUACAAUUCGUCGACAGCGCAGGACGGCGGAAGGGAUUCUUCCCCGUCAACCAGACUGGUCGUGGAUUGCAGGGGUUCACUACCGAUUGGGAAAUCAUGCGUGGGGACCUGUGUACGCUUCUGUACGACCAGACUCGGGAUAGCGUCAAGUAUAGAUUCGGCGUUGCCGUGGAGGGUAUGGCACAAGGGGUUGGAAAGGAUAAGACGGUGCGAGUAUCUUUCAGCGAUGGAUCGAAGGAUACGUUUGAUCUUGUCGUUGGCGCCGACGGGCAAGGUUCACGGAUGCGAAGCAUGAUCCUACCGCCUGGCACAAAGCCAUAUCGCUCACUGCACAUGUUCCUCGCUUAUUUCACCAUCUCGCAACAGCCCGGUACCGAUUAUAUUUCGACCGCAUACCUGGCCCCGAACAAACGUCUGCUUUUCACAAGCCGACACAGUCCCGAUUCCAUCCAGGCAUACAUGGGGUAUGCGGACGACUCGGAGAAACUGCAGUGUCAUGCGUAG